AUGUGCUGCCCUAACAAAUACGUCCCUCCCUACCAGCAGCAGAUGUGCUGCCCUAACCAAUACGCCCCUCCCUACCAACAGCAGAUGUGCUACCCUUACCAAUACGCCCCUCCCUACCAACAGCAGAUGUGCUACCCUAACCAAUACGCCCCUCCCUACCAGCAGCAGAUGUGCUGCUCUAACAAAUACGUCCCUCCGUACCAGCAGCAGAUGUGCUACCUUCACCAACACGUCCCUCCGUACCAGCAGCAGAUGUGCUACCUUCACCAAUACGUCCCUCCGUACCAGCAGCAGAUGUGCUACCUUCACCAAUACGUCCCUCUGUACCAGCAGCAGAUGUGCUACCUUUACCAAUACGUCCCUCCGUACCAGCAUCAGAUGUGCUACCUUCACCAAUACGUCCCUCCGUACCAGCUGCAGAUGUGCUGUCCUAACCAACACGCCGCUCCCUACCAGCAGCAGAUGUGUUUUCCUAACCAAUACGCUCCUCCAUAUCAACAGCAGAUGUGCUGCCCUAACCAAUACGCCCCUCCCUACCAACAGCAGAUGUGCUGCCCUAACCAAUACACCCCUCCCUACCAACAGCAGAUGCGCUGCCCUAACCAAUACGCCCCUCCCUACCAACAGCAGAUGUGCUACACUAACCAAUACGCCUCUCCCUACCAACAGCAGAUGUGCUGCCCUAACCAAUACGCCCUCCCUACCAACAGCAGAUGUGCUGUCCUAACCAAUACGCCCAUCCCUACCAACAGCAGAUGUGCUGCCCUAACCAAUACGCCCCUCCCUACCAACAGCAAAUGUGCUGCCAAAACCAAGACGCCCCUCCAUAUCAACAGCAGAUGUGCUGCCCAAACCAAUACGCCCCUCCCUACCAACAGCAGAUGUGCUGCCCUUACCAAUACGCCCCUCCCUACCAACAGCAGAUGUGCUGCCCAGAUGUGCUGCCCUAACCAAUACGCCCCUCCCUACCAACAGCAGAUGUGCUGCCCUAACAAAUACGCCCCUCCCUACCAACAGCAGAUGUGCUGCCCUAACCAAUACGCCCCUCCCUACCAACAACAGAUGUGCUUCUCUAACCAAUACGCCUCUCCCUACCAACAGCAGAUGUGCUGCCCUAACCAAUACGCCCCUCCCUACCAACAGCAGAUGUGCUGCCCUAACCAAUACGCCCCUCCCUACCAACAGCAGAUGUGCUGCCCUAACAAAUACGCCCCUCCCUAUCAACAGCAGAUGUGCUGCCCUAACCAAUACGCCCCUCCCUACCAACAACAGAUGUGCUGCCCUAACCAAUACGCCUAUCCCUACCAACAGCAGAUGUGCUACACUAACCAAUACGCCUCUCCCUACCAACAGCAGAUGUGCUGCCCUAACCAAUACGCCCUCUCUACCAUCAGCAGAUGUGCUGUCCUAACCAAUACGCCCAUCCCUACCAACAGAAGAUGUGCUGCCCUAACCAAUACGCCCCUCCCUACCAACAGCAGCUGUGCUGCCCUAACAAAUACGCCCCUCCCUACCAACAGCAGAUGUGCUGCCCUAACAAAUAUGCCCCUCCCUACCAACAGCAGAUGUGCUGCCCUAACCAAUACGCCCCUCCCUACCAACAGCAGAUGUGCUGCCCUAACCAAUACGCCCAUCCCUACCAACAGCAGAUGUGCUGCCCUAACAAAUACGCCCCUCCCUACAAACAGCAGGUGUGCUGCCCUAACCAAUACCCCCCUUACCAACAGCAGAUGUGUUGCCCUAACCAAUACGCCCCUCCCUACCAACAGCAGAUGUGCUGCCCUAACAAAUACGCCCCUCCCUACCAACAGCAGAUGUGCUCCCCAAACCAAUACGCCCCUCCAUAUUAACAGCAGAUGUGCUGCCCUAACCAAUACGCCCCUCCCUACCAACAGCAGAUGUGCUGCCCUUACCAAUACGCCCCUCCCUACCAACAGCAGAUGUGAUGUCCUAACCAAUACGCCCCUCCCUACCAACAGCAGAUGUGCUGCCCUAACAAAUACGCCCCUCCCUACCAACAGCAGAUGUGCUGCCCAAACCAAUACGCCUCUUACUACCAACAGCAGAUGUGCUGCCCUAACCAAUACGCCCCUCCCUACCAACAGCAGAUGUGCUGCCCUAACAAAUACGCCCCUCCCUACCAACAGCAGAUGUGCUGCCCUAACCAAUACGCCCCUCCCUACCAACAGCAGAUGUGCUGCCCUAACCAAUACGCCCCUCCCUACCAACAGCAGAUGUGCUGCCCUAACAAAUACGCCCCUCCCUAUCAACAGUAGAUGUGCUGCCCUAACCAAUACGCCCCUCCCUACCAACAGCAGAUGUGCUGCCCUAACCAAUACGCCCCUCCCUACCAACAGCAGAUGUGCUGCCCUUACCAAUACGCCCUCUCUACCAACAGCAGAUGUGCUGCCCUAA